UAAAGGCAGCAAUACAGCAUCUAGUCUGCCGGAAGCAACACGAAGAAGUGGUCUGGAAAAUGAAUGCUGUUUUCGGGAUACAAAGGCAGGCAACUUUUUCUGAACGUCUUAAAAUAAAUGUAACCAUUAACAAAGUAGGCUAGGCCUAGCAUACUGUUCAAAUCCGUGAGUUUACAGGACCUAUAUCCUAUACUGGAAGAACAAAAAUGCUAUAAAGGUGCGUAGUUCGUCCUGGUCAGCACAUCCUGAUCAGAGGUCUGCCAUGGAUUCCCCCGAGGAGAGGCACAUUGUAGGACCCCUUGUACACAGUUCUUUUGAAAGGCUAAUUUGACUCACCAUGUGUUAUUGUCAUCAUCAACCAAAAUUGUUAAUAAACAUUACAUGACAUUCUUAUUUAAGAUUACAUUAGGCUGCUACCACUCCUGCGGUGCUAGCCACAGUAUCUUUUUCAGAUCUUAAGACGUUAAGACAAUUUUCAGAGCAGAUCAGAAUCUCACUUGUGAUUGAUGCAUUAUGUUUGUCUCCUAACAUUGCUUUAUUAAACUUGGAAUAUACUUCAUGGUUUUAUGCUCAGGAGGAAAAAAAUUCCCCACCUAGCCACAUGUAUGCUAUGUAUCGCUGGUUUUCAAUGCUCACAACUCUCAAAUCAACCACACACUUCUAGCACAUCAUGUUUUUGUUCUAUUAAUUGAUAGUGGUAUCUACCCUGUAUAUAAUCUGAACGUUUCAGAACUCUAUGGCCUCAAUGUUAAAAUAGGGACUUUUUUUUUCUCCAUUUCCUGCUUUCAGUUUAGUUGUGUUUUACUUGAGUAAGGAUGCAAGCUGGGUUACACCAGUAAUAGCGGUCUCAGAAGUUGUAUUUCUGUUUAGCUUAAAAGUAAUGUACCAUUAGGCUGCAAGUGUUGUAAAAGGUGUUGUUUUUUAAAAGUCCAGUGUACAAGGAGUCAAAAUGAGUCUCUCUGGGGAGAAUGAGGAGGGAGGCCCUCCCUCUAGUAUCUGUGAAGAGGAAGCCACUGCUUCUAGAAUGAGUCCCUCAGGGAGUGAGGGACAAAUGUCCCUUAAAAGGAGUUUUCCUGCAGAACAGGACACUGACAGGGAAGUUAAGAGGAUCAAGACAGACAGACCAGUCUCACCUGUACCUAGCUGUGUCUCCAUGAAGAGUGACAGGUCUAUGCUACCUCCUAUUCACUUCAGGGAGGGAUACUUUUCCACUGAGCAAAGGUUCAAGACAGACAGAACAGUCCCACCUGCACCUAGCUGUGUCUCCAUGAACAGUGACAAGUCGAUGGGACUUCCUAUUUUCUUCAAGGAGGGAGAAUUAUCCACUGGGAAAAGCAGUAUCUCUGAGGAGAAUGACACGUCAAUGGAUCACCAACCCAGAGGCCCUACUGAUGAGAAAGUGUACAUAACUGUUUCCACUAAGACAGAAAUCCAGGAGAAAAUGAAAUCCUACUUGAAGAAUAGGGCAUGUUCUUUAUUUGAGGGCAUWGARGAUSMAGSMAAAACGACACCUCUUAACAACAUCUACACAGAGCUCUACAUCACACAAGGUGGAAGUGGAGAGGUCAAUUCUGAACAUGAGGUGAGACAGAUUGAGACAGCAUGCAGGUUUCCAGUAGAACAAGAGAUAUCAAUCCAACUCAAUGACAUCUUCAAACCCUUACCUGGACAAGACAAGCCUAUCAGAACAGUGCUGACAAGGGGAGUUGCGGGCAUUGGGAAAACAGUGUCUGUGCUGAAGUUCAUGUUGGACUGGGCUGAAGGAAAAGCAAACCAAGACAUCCAGRUCAUCUUCCCACUUCCUUUUCGGGAUCUGAACUUGAUGAGAGAUACAAAUCAAAGUCUGAUAGAACUACUUCAUCACUCCUUUAUGGAAACAAAAGAAUCAGAAAUCUCAGAAAACGAACAUGCUGUGUUUGUUUUUGAUGGUCUGGAUGAAUGUCGCCUUCCUCUGGACUUCCAGAAUAAUAAGAUCUGCUGUGAUGUCACAGAGUCAACUUCAGUGGAAGUUCUGCUGACAAACCUCAUCAAAGGGAAUCUGCUUCCCUGUGCUCACAUUUGGAUAACCACCCGACCUGCAGCAGCCAAUCAGAUCCCUCCUGAGUGUGUUGACCAGGUGACAGAGGUACGAGGGUUCAAUGACCUACAGAAGGAGGAAUACUUCAGGAAGAGAAUCGCUGAGGAGGACUUGGCCAGCAGAAUCAUCUCGCACAUAAAGACGUCAAGGAGCCUCCACAUCAUGUGCCACAUUCCCGUCUUCUGUUGGAUUUCAGCCACUGUCCUAGAGAGACUAUUGGUUGAAGCAGAGAGUCAAGAGAUCCCCAAGAAUCUGACUCAAAUGUACGCUCACCUCAUGAUCUUCCUGUCAAAACUGAGGAGUCAGAAGUAUCCUGUAGAGCCUUCCAACGAUUUUUUCUGGGAUAAAGAGAUGAUUCUGGCACUGGGGAAACUGGCUUUUCAACAGCUAGAAAAAGGCMAUCUGAUAUUCUAUGAGGAAGACCUGAGAGAGUGUGGCAUUGACAUCAAGGACGCGUCUGUGUACUCUGGAGUGUGCACUCAGAUCUUCAGAGAAGAGUCUGGGCUUAACCAGAUAAAGGUGUACUGCUUUGUACAUCUGAGUAUCCAGGAGUUUCUGGCUGCMCUAUAUGUGUUCCUCAUGUUCACUAACGACAACAACAAUCUGAUGGCUAAAGAGAGAUCCCGCCGUAUCACAAACUGUCUAUACCAAGAUGCAGUGGACAAGGCCUUGCAGUUUGAAAAUGGCCAUCUGGACCUUUUCCUCCGCUUCCUUCUAGGCCUUUCACAUGAGUCCAAUCAGCAUCUCCUACAAGGCCUACUGUCACCAACAGGAAGAGGCUCACAGAGCAACAAGGAAACAGUCAAGUACAUAAAGGAGAAGAUCAGGAAGAACCUCCGUCUGGAGAGAUGCAUUAAUCUGUUCCACUGUCUGAAUGAACUGAAUGAUCAUUCUCUAGUGGAGGAGAUCCAAAGCUACCUGAGAUCAGGAAGUCUCUCAAAAUCUAAACUCUCAUCUGGACAGUGGUCAGCUCUGGUCUUCAUGUUGCUGACCUCCGAGAAGCUGGAUGUGUUUGACCUGAAGAAAUAUAUCAGAUCAGAUGCAUCUCUUCUCAAACUUCUCCCAGUUGUCAGAUCCUCUAGAACAGCCCUGCUGAACGAAUGUAAACUCACCAAGAAAAGCUGUGAGGCACUGGCUUCUGUUCUCAAAUCAAAUUCUGCUGUCUGAGAGUGCUGGACAUGAGUGGCAAUAAACUUCAGGAUUCAGGAGUGAAGCUGCUCUCUGCUGGACUGGGAGUCCACACUGUAAACUGGAGACAUUGAAGUGAGUGACUUUGUGACUGUCUCCACUGCAAAGGAAAGUGGAUGUUGUGUAUAAAGAGUACAUUCUUCAUGUUGUAAAUGUAGUUAUAGGUUUGUGUGGAUUACGUAGCUGGAUCAGCCUUCCCAGGUUGAAUGAUUGCAACCUCACUGAGAAAUGAUUUGAGGUGCUGUCUUCAACUCUCUGGGUUCACCACCUGUCGGAUGUUAUUAUGAAGAUGGAAAUUACUAAUUUUACUUGUACAGAUAAAAGGCUGUGCGUGUUGGUUUCCAUCGCAUUUUCAACUCUACUGAUGGUUUUGUAACAAAAAAAAUUGAGUUAUAUAGCGAAUCCACUUUGGUAUUGGCACUUGCACUCUAGCUAACAGCUGGCAGAUAUAGUGCGGUUAUAAAGCCGGGGAACGCGUAGGGCAGUCCCCAGGUUGUACAUGGGAAGAUUUUUAAAAAUGUGAAGAAGAAAAAUAUUGGGAAAGAUAUUUCAAAAAUAUAUAUAUUCAAUUUAAUUCCAGUUCAAUAGGCAGGAAACUUAUUGAGGUCACUGGUGUGAAAUCUGUAGUUAUGUUAUAUUCAUAGGCCUACUUUUUUUCUUUAGUUUCGCUGUGUGCGCAUGCUCUGUCUACCUGGCUCAAUGUUUGAAACUUUCUUUGCUCUCCACCAAGUGCACGUGAUCCUUUUCUGCUCGUUAGAGUGCCUGCAGCUCUUAUCCUCUCAGAAACUGUAGCAACUGAUGAACUUUAGACUUUACCUUUGUCAAAAACACGGUGUGCCGUUGGGUCGAUGACAUGGGCAUCGAUAUUUUUGAUCAAUUAGUGAAACAAAUAAUAAUCCCCUCAAUGCUCUGCAGUUGAACGAAUCGACUGAUGUCAGUGGGGAAGCCCAGUUGAUUGCGUUUAUGCGAUACAGAGACAUUUCGGAAACAAUGAGUGUUCGGUUCUGCAAGAAGCUAACGGGAGAACUACAGGUGAGGAUGUGUUUCACGUUAUUGACAGCUUUAUCUCAGAGCACAAUCAGGUUAGGAAAUCCUGUUUUCAUGUGUGCACGGAUCGGUGCCCUGCAUCAAUGCCUGGGAGAGUAAAAUGGUCGCCCACAUAAGUAAAUCCCACUUUAUCAUACACAGAGGCAUUGGACAGUAAGAGAAUGAGUCCCGCUUCACACUGACGUCCAUUGGCUAUCCAGAGGGAAAACGCUACAGAGGCUUUUCGAGCUGCGUGCUGAAGUGAUUUUCUGUCUGAGCACUCACGCCCCCUUGUGGCUGUGUUCGAGGACACAGACUGGGGAACCCGCCUUGCCUGUCUUGUUGAUCUGUUCGCAAACUGAACAACCUGAAUCUAACUGCGAGGUAGACACACAUUCUAAACAUGUAUGACAAAGUGUGUGGAUUCAUGAAGAAGAUCAAACUCAGGGAGAGGAAAUGUGAAGAUGAAGAAGUAAGCUGUUUCCACCAGCUUGACACCUAACGUUUUACAGUUGAUACUGACAGAGCUCCUAUGGUGCAAAUAGUGAGUUUACAUUUAUCCAAACGCAACAGUGAGUUCAACUCCUACUUCCCUGACAUUGAAAACAAGUCUGCCAAACUUAACCACAUUUCUGUCAAAUUUACACCUAAUCUAGGAAUCACGCCGGUCACACGGCAUGAGGGGGGACUUCAGGCAGAUCAGUGUUUUAGGUUGGGAACCACUGGCAUUCAUGAUGAUAUUAUUAUGGACAAAAUAUUAUUUUAAUUUGCGCUGCUCUAUAACGUGCCUUGAUUGAAUUCCUAUUUAAUUUUUCAUCUUUAACUCUGCAUUUUUGGAAAAGGAUCCGUAAGUAAGCAUUUCACUGUUAAUCUACGUCUGUUGUCUACAAAGCAUGUGACAAAUACAAUUUUAUUUGAUUCUGGCCUUGGUCUCUGAUGUAGCAUAAUUGAAGACAAUUUGUCAGCAGAUUGUAUCAUUGUCUUUAGAUGUGUCAUGGAGUAUGUACAAUUAUCACUUGAAAUUAUGAAUCUGGGCACCAGUUCGUUAUUCAACAAAAUCGGUCCGUUUAGUUGUGUUCCUUUCAAUUCAAUAAAAGGUUCAACAUAUGACAUUAAUAAAAUGACACAUUGUUGCAGAUGCAAAAUGUACAUUAUCUGAAAUAUUUGAUUUUGUGGAAUUUUCCUCCCUUACUUUCCACAGGCUGGCGGGGUGCAGCAUCACAGAGGAAGGCUGUACUUCUCUGGCUUCAGCUCUGAGGUCAAACCCCUCCCACCUGAAGGAGUUGGACCUGAGUGGAAAUACUCCAGGAGACUCUGGAGUAAAGCUGCUCUCUUCUCUACAAGAGGAUUCGCUAUAUAAACUGGAGACACUGAGGUUAAAUGAUUGACAGCUCACAGAGUCAGUGAAGGAAUGGCCUCAGCUCCAAGUCCUUGGUUGUGGGAGUGCGCUGCAGUUAAAUGCUUCUGGGACAGCUACAAAAUAAAUUUCAAAGUGCGUGAAUGUAGAUAUUCAAUGCUUCGAAUCUAGGAUGAUAGCUCCUUGAAUCUCUCAAUCAAUCAGAGAGCCCUGGCGAAGUGGUGCCAGGAAAAUAUCCUCUCCCUCAACAUCAACAAACACAUCACUGUGGACACACUGCCUGCCCUCCAGGACAACUACAGCACCCGGUGUCACAGGAUCUCAACAACCUUAUUGUCUUCCUAGUAACUCUGCUGUACAUCUUACCAGACUGAUAGCUUUAUUUCAGUGUAUUAGAUGUCGAUAGCUUUAUUUCAGUGUAUUAGAUGUCGAUAGCUUUAUUUCAGUGUAUUAGAUGUCUCUGGAUUUUCAUGCGUGUUGUACUAAUUGCUUGGAUUUUUAUUGUAGCAUUCUUGGGUUUUUGAAAAGCGUGUUACAAAUCAAAUUGAAAUAAAAACAAUGUAUUUUAGUAAUAUAGAAUUACUUACAUUGUAUGUAACCAUGUGUUAAUCUAUGAUAUCCUGUAUAUAAAAAUGAAUAAUAGUCUAAUUAAUUUAAUAUAAAUAGUAUUUAAUUUUAAUAGUAAAACAAAUAAUGCUGAAGUUGUUAUUGCCGUGUAUGACUUGGGGCGCUAUUCAAUCUGUAUAACUGAAGCGGUACAGAUUGCUCUAUAGAAAUGUAAAGGUCAUUUCCGACUGAGCCGACAUAUUCAGCAUUUACCAAAACAAUUAAUAUAUUUUAAUAGUUUGUCCUUACAAGUAACUCUACUGUACGUCUUACCAGACUGAGCUCUAUUUCAGUGUAUUAGAUGUCUCUGGAUUGUCAUGUGUGUUGUACUAAUUGCUUAGAUUUUUAUUGUAGCAUUCUUGGGUUUUUGAAAAGCGUGUUACAAAUAUAUAUAUWUUUUUUAUUAUAGUAAUGUAGAAUUAUUUACAUUGUAUGUAACCCUGUUUUAAUUAUGAUAUACUGUAUAUUCAAAAUUAAUAAUACAAAUAAACAAUAGUCCAAUUAAUUUAAUAUAAGUAGUAUUUAAUUUUAACAGGAAAAUUCAUAAUAGUAAAGUUAUUCCUAUUGCUGUGAAUGACUUGGGGCGCUAUUCAAUCUGUAUAACUGAAGCGGUACAGAUUGCACUAUAGAAAUGUAAAGGUCAUUUCCGACUGAGCCGACAUAUUCAGCAUUUACCAAAACAAUCAAUAUAUUUUAAUAGUUUGUCCUUACAAGUAACUCUGCUGUACGUCGUACCUAUCUUUUUAUGUCAGUGUAUUAUAGGCCUCUAGUCUUUCUACAAUUGAAUACUAAUUGCUUGGAUGUGUUUUUAUUGUAGCACCUUGGGGUUUAAAACAAGUAGCAUUUCUUACAUUCUAUGUAACCCUGUGUGUUAAUCUAUGGUAAACUGUAUGAUAUUCUUUAAAUAUAUGAAGUAAUGCUGUUAUUCCUA